GGGACCGCUAGCGCCGCCAAGAUCGACUAAUCCGCAAGAAUGUCUUCCAAGCCGGUCCUCUACUCCCAGUUUCUCAGUUCCUGUUCGUACAGGGUGAGGAUAGUGUUGGCUCUGAAGCAUAUCGACUACGAAUACAAGGCUAUCGACCUGUACAACAACGAACAGCACUCCCCGGAAUUUAUGAACCUGAACUCCAUGGCCCAGGUCCCCGUGCUCGACAUCGACGGCGAACAGCUAUCACAAUCGCUCGCCAUCAUCGAGUAUUUGGACGAGAGAUACCCGGAGCCAAAAUUGCUGCCGAAGGACCUCAUUCUACGUCAAAAAGCCCGCGCCAUUGCGGAACUGAUCGUGUCAGGAAUUCAUCCGCUACAGAACAAGAGUCUACUCUUUCGGUUGGAUGAAGAGAAGCGAAGUGGCUGGGCACUCCACUACAUCAACAAAGGAUUUCGAGCCUUGGAAGCUGUGCUCGCCAAGACAGCCGGUCAAUACUGCGUGGGUGACAGCCUCACCGUCGCCGACGUCUGCCUAGUGCCCAUGGUGUACCAGGCCAAGCGCCUCGGCGUGGACAUGGCGCCGUACCCCGUCGUCGAGAAGUUAAACCGCUCUCUCGAAGAACUGCCCUCGUUUAGGCUUGGCCACCCACGGUGCCAACCGGACACGCCGGCGAACAUGAGGGAGGAGGACCCGUACAUGCGCUGCUGA